AUGAGCUUUAGAGCAAAUAUAAUUUCUAUCCAGCUGCAGUUUAAUGCAGUACUAAUACCUGUUUUUCAGAAAACUAAUAAUUUUCAAAGAAUAUUAGUUGCUAAGGUGUAUAUUCAGGACAGUGUUGCAUUGAGUCAGUCAGGAAUCUUACAUCGAAGUCAAGGCAACGCAGCACUGAAAUCUCUCUUUAAUUUUAAAAGAACAUUAUCAAUCCCGCCUCUAAAUACACCUUCUAGGGAUGCUGAAGUAGAUGGAUUAUACUUUGGCAAUAAGGAAUCACAGAAGAUAUAUGAAAUUAGAAUAUAUACUGUUCGUCCAAAAGAUUAUAAGGAAUAUAUAAAAUUUACUGAAGGCAAUUUUCACCUUCGUAUUAAACAUUCUAAACUGUUUGGAUUUUGGAGCACUGAAUUAGGAGCACUUAAUGAAAUAGUUCACAUAUGGGAGUAUGAUAAUCAUGACCAUCGUGCUAAAGUACGACAGGCUCUUGCAGCUGAUGCUGAAUGGCAAUCUAAUUACAUAAGCAAAGUUGCACCUAUGUGGAUUAGUCAAACGAAUGCUACUAUGAUGCUUCUACCUUGGAGUAUAAUAACUCUACCUAGUAAAUCAGGUGUUUAUGAAUUGCAAAUAUUUAAUAUGAACAGCCAUACUGAUAUUUGGGAUGGAAGACUCAAAGCUGCUAUGGAACUGAGUUCACUCAAAUUGAAAAACUCAAAUUCAGUUCUUAUAGCCUGUUUCACAUCUAUUUUUGGUCCUCAUAAUACUGUGUAUGCUUUGUGGCAGCAUGAAAGUUUUGACAAAUUUGCAUUUGGUCGCUUACAGUUGCUUAGUGAGACCAACAAAUCUGUUUUGCAUGCUUUCUAUCAUGAAGUUCUAACUGGAUACAGCAAAGGUCUAUUGCCUCAUAAAGUAUCACCUCUGCAAUGAAAAUAUCUUCUGUUUUGAUGGUUGUUAUAAAAUUAGUGAAGGUUAUAUAAGGUGACUGUAUAUAGAUAUUAAAGUAUUUGCAUCGUGUAAA